UUUGAUUAGUUUUGUUGUUAGCUUUUUCAAGAUGAAACGUGGGCGCUGUGUAUUAUCUAUCUUGCUUAUUCUUGGGCUUCUGAUUAAACAUGCUCGUGGUCAGGCCACCCCCGACUCGGUCCAGACGGCAGUGUUGGCGAACGCGGCAGCACUUAACACCAUACUAUUUACUACUUUUCCGACACUAAUAGGAAAUACUGCCAGUGUUAUACCUAUCCUGAAUUCAGCCCAAGCAGCCGCCAUAAACAACGCCUUUUUGUUAGCGCAAUUAAACGGUCAGGCUAAUCAGCUAGCUGCAGAAUUGGUUGUGCUAACUGACGAUUUAAAUACUCUUGGACCUGCCGUCACUGCCCUAGGAGCAGGCGUAACCAAUGUUGGUGUUACCAUUGACGCUAUACAAGUUCUCCAGACCAUGAUAACUAAUAGUUUAGCUACUACGAGCACGAAUGUAGGCAAUUUAGAAAAUGCUGUAGCUGCUAAUUCACUAUUAAUCAACGGAAUUGAAAGCAAGGCGUGUGCUUUGGAUAAGACAUUUGAUGAGGUAAAUGAAAAUGUCAACAGACUUGAAAUCACCAUUACUGACACUAACAUGCGGAUUCAAGGAGUUGAAAACACUAUCCAUGGCAUAAAUGGAUUUAUUAACGCAAUUGAAUUACUUUUAACAAGCAAUGUAGCUAAAAUCGACUGGCUGAAGAAGUCUGCAGAAAAAAUCAAAACAACUGCACAUACUUUAAUUGAUCUUUGUCAAAGUAUAACAAACAAGAUCGACAUGGUUAAGAAUCAAAUCGAUGCUAAAAAGCCAGCACUCAAGCCUCUACUGAAUGAUAUUGAGUCUAGCGUCGAAAUUAUUCAUGAAAGUCGGAACUUGCUUGGCUUCUUCGAUGAAAAAGUUAACUUUUUGACGGCGAGAGUUGACGUUCUAUUCUUAUCAAAAGAGAUAACUCACAUUUCCCACACAACCAAUGCACAACUUGCAAUACAAAAGGUUGCUUAGAAAAACAAAUAACUGU